AUGGAAGAAAGCCGCCACCAAAAGGAGCUCCAGCUCCUCCCUCAAAGCCCUCCUCCUCCUCCUCCUUCCCUGCCGUCGGAAUCAUUCACCUUCCGGUACCGAUCCUCCUCCUCCUCGUCGUCGUCGUCGAAGAUCGACUCCGAUCAUCCGAAUCAGCAGUUGGGAUCGGGCCCAGCUCCGUCGCUGGACCUGCAGCUGUCAAUCAGCGUGCGGCCCUUCCACGGGGCCGGGAGCAGCAGCAAACAAAGUCGAGCCGCCGCCGCGGGUGGAGGCACUGGGGAUCAGGUGGAGGCGCUGAGGUGGCAGGCGGCGGAGCAGAUGCGGGUGGCGGCGCUGGAGAAGGCGUACGCGGAGCGGGUGAGGGAGCUGAGCCGGAGGGAGAUGGAGCUGGCCCACUCCGAGUUCGCACGUGCCCGCCUCCUGUGGCAGCGUGCCAGGGAGGAGGUCGACAAGGCCCACCGCCUCAAGGAGCGAUCUGCCGCCCCUUCCGCCGCCGCCCCCGCCGCCGCCGCCACGUGCAUGGAGAUCACUUGCCAAUCUUGCAGGCAAAAAUUCAAACCUAAUUGA